CGAAAAUGAAAAUUAAUUUAUUUAAUAAACUGAUUUAAAUAUGUUCAAAUUCGAAAUUAAAUAAAUAAAAAUUACAAAUGAUUACUUUAUUUUUAAAAACAAAUUAUGAACUUAAAACUAAAUGUAAGAAAUAUAAUAUAUAUAUAUAUAUAUAUAUAUUUAAAAAUAAAAUAUUUUUAAGAGUUAUUAUUUCUGCGCGUGACGUAGAAACCGUCUAAUUGAUAUUAUUCUGUUAAUCAGAAAAGCUUUUGCCAAAAAUUUCGUACUUCCAUGGUAUAAAAAAAGGAAAAAAAAAAUAUCUACGGAAUUAACAAUUUGAAACCCAAGAGAAAUCCAAAUUUUGUUACCAUUGAAAAUGUCUACGGAACCAAAAAUGAUCAAGAAAUAUUUGUUUCAAAUAUCUACCUCGUUUUCUUGAUCCGGUUUGGUUACCAUUGAAAAUGUGUACGGGACCAAAUUUUGUUACCAUUGAAAAUGUCUACGGAAUCAAAUUAUGUUUCAUUUUAUUGCCAGCAAUAAUUUUUUUUUCCUUGUCAUCUUCGCUUAUUAUAUCUAUUGCGAUUUCGUUUGAAGCUUAAAAACAUCUUUUCUCAAGAACAAGUCAAGAACCAACAAAAGAAAUGGAUCCAAAGGGGGCUCCAUCCAUCUUAAGAAACGACAAGAUAAGCGAAGAAACCAAUAAGUUGAUCUCUUCGCUUCUUUCACGCACUGAUUCCCAAGGGCAGAAGCUUUGUCAAUAUCAAGGAUGUUGGUAUUAUUACAACACCCUCCAAGGCGUUCUCAAUUUCCAGAGUGGUUUUCAACCGCAGGACACCGAUAUAAUCCUUGCUUCUUACCCAAAAUCAGGCACUACUUGGCUCAAGGCCCUCACUGUCGCCCUUAUGGAGAGACCAAAGAACAAUUCUUAUUCUUCAGACGAUGAACAUCCUCUACUCUAUGAUAAUCCUCAUGGCAUUGUACCAUGCUUGGAGAUGGAUGUUUAUCACGAAAGCUCAAGUCCUAACCUAGCCAAGUUCUCAGCACCUCGGAGGCUGUUUUCGACUCACAUGCCACUGCACGCGAUGGAGGAAGCCCACAAGCAUUCUGCAUGCAAGAUUGUGUACGUGUGUAGGAACGUAAAGGACACGUUGGUCUCGUGGUGGUUUUUCCUUUGCGCUGUUCUUAAAAUAGAACAAAGUAGAGGCAUUCUCGAGUCUCUGUUCGAAUCUUUCUGCAACGGCACAAUCUAUUAUGGACCAUUUUGGGAGCAUCUCUUAAGCUACUGGAGAGCAACCUUGGAAGAACCCAAACAUGUACUUUUCAUGAGGUAUGAGGAACUGAAAGCGGAGCCUCGCCAUCAGAUCAAGAGGCUUGCGGAAUUCUUGGGUUGUCCUUUUACUAAGCAAGAAGAAGAGAGUGGAGUUGUGGACAAGAUCUUGGACCUUUGCUCUCUGCGUAAUCUGAGCAGUUUGGAGGUUAACAAAACUGGAUCAAGAAACGAUGUGGAUCACAAGGAUUAUUUCCGAAAAGGGGAAGUCGGUGACUCAAAGAAUUAUCUGACGCCUGAAAUGGAGUACAAGAUUGACAUGAUCAUCCAAGAAAAAUUGCAGGGUUCUGGUUUGAAAUUCUAGAGUUGUAUGGUUGUUGUUUUCUUUGAUGUAUCAAAAAAUAAGAGUACCUCCCGUUUUUA